UUGCACACACACACACACAACAAGUUCAUCUAGCAACCAAAAGCGUGGGGGAAAAAAAUUAAGAUAGCCACAUGGAAGGCAGCAAGUUGUUCCUCGUCUUGUCCUUGCCCGUGCUUCUCAUCGUCGUGCUCUCCAGGCUCAAGUCUCUGCUCGUCGCCAAACCAAAGCUUAACCUUCCCCCAGCGCCAUGGAUGCUGCCAGUGAUCGGCAGCCUCCACCACCUCAUCAGCAGCACCCCUAGCCCCCACCAAGCAAUGUGCCGGCUGGCGAAGAAGUACGGUCCGAUCAUGAUGCUCCGGCUCGGCGAGGUGCCGGCGUUGGUGCUAUCGUCGCCGGAGGCGGCAGAGGAGGUCUUGAAGACAAACGACCUCAAGUUCGCCGACCGGAACUUGAACGCCACCCUCAACGCACUCACCUACAACGGCACUGACCUCACCUUCGCCCCCUACGGCGAGCGGUGGCGUCAGCUCCGGAAGAUCUGUGUGACGGAGCUGCUCAACCCCGGCGCCGCCCGGCUGCUGUCGUACCGGCACAUCCGGGAGGAGGAGGUUGCCCGGUUCAUUCAGAACCUCACCACGCUCGCCGGCGCAGGCUCCCCCGUCGACCUCACCAAGAUGAUCUACAGGUUCAUCAAUGACACCUUCGUCAGGGAGUCCGUCGGCAGCCGGUGCAAGUAUCAAGACGAGUACCUCGACGCCUUCCGCACAGCGCUCCGGCAGACCUCGUCGGUGACCGUCGCUGACAUCUUCCCGUCGUCGAGGCUCUUGCAGCUUCUUGGCACGGCACCGCGCAAGGUAUUCACGGCCCGCAGCAGGAUGCAGCGCGUCCUCAAGCAGGUCAUAAGAGAGAAAAUGGAAGCCAUGGACCGCGGCGACGACGAGGAAGGCGCCGGGAACGAAUGCUUCCUCAGUGUCCUGAUAAGGCUCCAGAAGGAAAACAGUGCACCUGUCGAGCUCACCGACAACACUGUCGUGGCCUUGAUGUUUGACAUGUUUGCGGCGGGCAGCGAGACCUCGUCGAUCACGCUUACCUGGUGCAUGACUGAGCUACUCCGGUUCCCGGCGGUGAUGGCGAAAGCGCAGGCCGAGGUACGGGAUGCCUUCAAAGGGAAAAACAAGAUAACCGAGCAAGACCUUGAGGGUCUCAGAUACCUGAAGCUGGUGAUCAAGGAGACCCUCAGGCUGCACCCCCCAGGUCCAGUGCUGAUCCCUCGGGUGUGCCGAGAGACAUGCCAGAUCAUGGGCUACGACAUCGCCGAGGGCACGGUGUUGUUCAUAAAUGUGUGGUCAAUUGGCAGGGACCCCAAGUAUUGGGACAAUCCCAUGGAGUUCAAGCCAGAGCGGUUUGAAAAAAACAACCUAGACUACAAAGGAACAAACUUCGAGUACCUCCCGUUUGGAGCUGGCCGUCGGAUGUGCCCAGGAAUAAACCUAGGGUUGGACAACAUUGAGCUUGCACUAGCGAGCUUUCUAUACCACUUUGACUGGAAGCUGCCUGACGGGAUAGAGCCCAAGGAUGUUGAUGUAUCCGAGGCUUCAGGAAUGGCUGCAAGUAAGAAAACAAGCCUGAUUUUGCACCCGGUUACUCGCAUUUCUCCGGCUAAUAAUGCAUAAAUAAGGUGCAAUAUGGUGGAUCAACCAGCAUGGCACUAAUAAUGCAUAAAAAUAAGCCUGAUUUUGCCGUGACUAUAUUGUUUCUAGACGUACAGCAAAUAAGAAUCAGGCUUGGAUAAUAUGUAUAUAUCCAGUCGCAUGCAUAUCGGUCCCUUCUGCUGUUGAAUGUAUUUUUAUGUAAUUAGUGUUUUUCGUAUAUAUUUUGUCCGCUAUAUAUAAAUAA